AUGACCUGUAGAGAGAAGGAAGUCUGCCUGGACUGCGGCCAGUACAGGGGGCUGCUCGCACCAUGGCAGCGGCCUGGACAGAAAGAGGGGAGGGCCCAGGCCAGUGUGAGCACGGCCAGCCACCGGGCCCCCGAAGCUUCUAGGCCUCACACCCUCAAGGUAGGGAGGCUGGGAGCGGGGGCAGAGUGGCCGGGAUGGGGGUGGGAGGUCAGGCCUGGGGAAGAGGCAUCCGCCUGCAGCCACUGUGGCCCUAGGUUCUCAUCCCCGGGGCUGCUCUCGGCGCUGGCCGUGAUGAUGGCCGUGGAGGAGAUCAACAACGGGUCUGCCCUGAUUCCCGGGCUGCGCCUGGGCUACGAACUCUUUGACACGUGCUCGGAGCCCGUGGUCGCCAUGAAGCCCAGCCUGGUGUUCAUGGCCAAGGCCGGCAGCCGCAGCAUCGGCGCCUACUGCAAUUACACGCAGUACCAGCCCCGUGUGCUGGCCGUCAUCGGGCCCCACUCGUCCGAGGUCGCCCUGGUCACCGGCAAGUUCUUCAGCUUCUUCCUCAUGCCCCAGGUCAGCUAUGGCGCCAGCACAGACCGGCUGAGCAACCGCGAAACGUUCCCGUCCUUCUUCCGCACGGUGCCCAGCGACCGCGUGCAGGCGGCGGCCAUCGUGGAGCUGCUGCGGGAGCUGCACUGGAACUGGGUGGCCGCCGUGGGCAGCGAGGACGAGUACGGCCGGCAGGGCCUGAGCCUCUUCUCCAGCCUGGCCAACGCCAAGGGCAUCUGCAUCGCACACGAGGGCCUGGUGCCGCUGCCCCGUGCCGGCGGCCCGCGGCUGGGCUCCGUGCAGGGCCUGCUGCACCAGGUGAACCAGAGCAGCGUGCAGGUGGUGGUGGUGUUCUCCUCCACCCACGCUGCCCGCGCCCUCUUCAGCUACAGCAUCCACUCCAGGCUCGCGCCCAAGGUGUGGGUGGCCAGCGAGGCCUGGCUGACCUCGGACCUGGUAAUGACACUGCCCGGCAUGGACCAGGUGGGCACCGUGCUCGGUUUCCUGCAUCAGGGUGCCCAGCUGCCCGAGUUCCCGUCCUACGUGCGGACCCGCCUGGCCCUGGCCACCGACCCCGCCUACUGCGCCUUGCUGGACGCAGAACGGCCGGGCUUGGAGGACCACGUGGUGGGGCCGCGCUGCCCCCAGUGUGACCACAUCACCCUGGAGAACAUGACCAACGGGCUGCUGCACCACCAGGCCUUUGCAGCCUAUGCGGCCGUGUACGGCGUGGCUCAGGCGCUCCACAACACGCUGCUCUGCGACGCCUCAGGCUGCCCCGAGCGGGAGCCCGCGCGGCCCUGGCAGCUCCUGGAGCACAUGUACAACCUGAGCUUCCGCGUGCGCAACCUGACCCUGAGGUUUGACACCAGUGGGAACGUGGAUGUGGAUUAUGACCUGAAGCUGUGGGUGUGGCGGGACCGGACGCCCACACUGCGCACUGUGGGCGCCUUCAACGGCAGCCUGCAGCUCUGGCGCUCCCAGAUGAGCUGGCACACGCAGGGAAACCAGGAGCCUGUAUCCCAGUGCUCGCGGCAGUGCAAGGAGGGCCAGGUGCGCCGCGUGAAGGGCUUCCACUCCUGUUGCUACGACUGUACCGACUGCAAGGCAGGCAGCUACCAGCGCCACCCAGACGAUGCCCUCUGCAGCAAGUGUGACCAGGACCAGUGGUCCCCGGACCGGAGCACCCAGUGCUUCCCCCGGAGGCCCAGGUUCCUGGCGUGGGGGGAGCCGGCCGUGCUGGGGUUGCUUCUGCUGCUUGGCCUGGCUCUGGGCCUGGUGCUGGCAGCCCUGGGACUCUUCCUCUGGCACUGGGACAGCCCGUUAGUUCGGGCCUCAGGAGGGCCACAGGCCUGCUUUGGCCUGGUCUGCCUGGGCCUUGUCUGCCUUAGCGUCCUCCUGUUUCCCGGCCAGCCCAGCCCCGCCCGCUGCCUGGCGCAGCAGCCACUACUCCACCUCCCGCUCACUGGCUGCCUGAGCACACUCUUCCUGAAGGCGGCUGAGAUCUUUGUGGAGUCAGAGCUGCCGCUGAGCUGGGCCAACGGGCUCCGCAGCCACCUGUGGGGGCGCCGGGCCUGGCUGGCAGUGCUGCUUGCCAUGCUGGCGGAAGCAACCCUCUGCACCUGGUACCUGGUGGCUUUCCCGCCGGAGGUGGUGACAGACUGGCAAGUGCUGCCCACGGAGGCACUGGUGCACUGCCGCAUGCACUCCUGGAUCAGCUUCGGCCUAGUGCACGCCGCCAAUGCCACGCUGGCCUUCCUCUGCUUCCUGGGCACCUUUCUGGUGCAGAGCCGGCCCGGCUGCUACAAUGGGGCCCGCAGCCUGACCUUCGCCACGCUGGCCUACUUCAUCACCUGGGUCUCUUUCGUCCCCCUCUUUGCCAAUGUGCACGCAGCCCAUCAGCCCGCUGUGCAGAUGGGCACCAUCCUCUUCUGUGCGCUGGGCAUCCUGGGCACCUUCCACCUGCCUAAGUGCUACCUGCUGCUGCGGCGGCCGGACCUCAACACCCCCGAGUUCUUCCUGGGAGGAAGUCCCAGUGAUGCCAGAGGGCUGGGCAGCAGUGGGGGUGGGGAGGGGACUCGGAAAAAACAAGUGACCCCUGACCCGGUGACCUCACCUCAAUGA